AUGAAUGCAGCGGGCACAAAGCAGUCAACUUGCAUGCUCAUGGUCGCCCCAGCUCCAACGCCUAUUCCUGGUGCCAAGAGUGUUGCAAGCUCGCCUGCUCCACCGCAGACGCCAGUAGGCCCAUCUGCGCCUUUGUUCCUCAAGGAGCUGAGAAAUUCGCCGUUAAAGCCCGGUUCGCAGAUAAUCCUGGAAGCACGUGUUGUUGGCAAUCCAGCACCACAAGUGGAAUGGCUCAGAAACAAAUCACCACUUAAAAAUUAUCGGAAUCGUGGUAGUGCGUGA